ACGCACAAAACGCGCGUGUAUGCAAGGCUAAUUAGCCAGCGUGCCACCCCAUACAAAGAUCAUCAAUGAUGCUCAGCGAACUCUUCUACAUACUUAGUACAUCUUCUGAUAGCACAAAAUCGUUAUUAUUCCUUCGAACUUCAAAUGCAAUCCUUAAACGCCGCGCCUCUUUAUUUAUCACAAUAAUGAAUCCCAACGUCCAGAACCCGCCAUCUGCGAAAGAAGUAAAGGUACUGAACCGUUAUACUGGCUUCCGAGAACCUCUCAGUAAAGAUCGCAACACCACCCUCCCCCACCCCGAAGCAGACACCUCCGAAAAUGCCAGCAUCGACGCCCUCGACAGCGACAUCGACAUCGCACGCAGGCAUAACAGACUCUUACUCCUGCUCGGAAGAUAUCACUUGCCUGUGGCCUCUAAAGGAUUCUGGGGCAGGACGGCCCGGUAAUGUGCAAUAUGCGGAUGGGAGCAAAGGUAACAAGGUGAUGGCGAUAGACAAGGAGGUAGAGAAAAGUGAGAAUAUUGUAUAGCCGACGGGUGUUUUUUUUUU